AUGACCACAGGACUUUGUCUCCUGUCUGCCUGUUCUCCUCGUAAAUACAUCCUUGUUGAGAAACUUAAGACCUGGACUGAGGCUCAGAGCUACUGCAGAGACAGGUACACCGACCUGGCCACAGUUCGCAACAAGCAGGACCUGACAGAGCUCAAUGAACUCAUAAGCAGCUACAAUCUGGUCUGGAUCGGACUGAACUAUGAUGAGAAUGCAAAAUAUGAGUGGUCUCAGGAAAAUGAGGAGAAUGACGAUCCGAAAGACACAGAAUACACCAACAUGAUCAUUGACAGCCUUGGUGACACAAACCCGUACAGGGAAACAUGCGUGUCAGCGUCAAAAAAAAGACGGGAAUGGUUUGCUUGGCACUGUGCGUCCGUCUACCCGUUUAUUUGCUACAACGGUAAGAAUAACAACACUAAAGCUCUUGUCAGUACUGUCAGCUAGAUGCUAAUAUCAAGCUUCUGUUCUCAUGACUGCAGAGGAAACAUGCUGAUUUGUUUAUCUGGAUUCCUCCUCUGCAGCUCGGUCACUGCACAGAGAUCAUGUUUGAUCACGCCCUCAUUAAUACUCCACUGAUAAAAACUAUGACAACAUUUCUUUUAGGAAGUCCAGGCGCUUUAUCCCGCUUUGUUUUAGUGAACGAGACGAAGGCCUGGGACAAGGCUCAGAGUUACUGCAGAGAGCACUACACUGACCUGGCUACAGUGAGGAACGGCACUGAGGAGGAAAUUUACAUGACAUUAGAUUCAAGGCAGACGUGGGUUGGCCUCUACAGAACCCCUUGGAAGUGGUCAGAUGGAAGCAAAUAUAUGUUUAGGCACUGGAAAAAGACCCUCACACCUAAGGAAAACCAGUGUGUGGCUGUAGUCUUUGGUUCAUGGGACCCCCACACUUGCACUAAAGAGUACUACUUUGCAUGUCACUAUGGUGAGACAAAUCCUGAUCUACAAGCUAUUAUGAGCAUCCACAAAAGUCAUAAAUAAUCCUUUGAUUAUCCUCUGAUGUUUCCUCUUUCUACAUUACACCAACACUCUGUUUUAAAAGAACCUCCCAAGACCAGGAAGCAGGUGGUGAAGGUGGCGUUGAAGAAAACAGACUCUUCUGUGGACAUGGAGGCGUUGAAGAGAGGCAUCUUGCAGAAGGUAACGAUGGUUCAGGCUGUUCUCAUUCCCUUCUCUUUAUUUUAACAUGAAACAUAAAGCACUGCAGAUUACCAUAAGUUGAGUGUUAACUAACCUGCACUCUUUCCCUCUCUGUGUCAUCAGCUUCAGCAGAAACUGAAGGAUCAGGGCCUGGAUGAAGGCAUCAAACUGAGCUGGGUGGAGAAGCCUGACGGAAAGGUUUUCCACAAAGCGAAGAAAGUGAAGAACGAGGAGAAGAGUCAUGACAGAAAAGGAGAGCUGUGA